AUGGCUGCUGACCCUGCAAAGCCCCCAGAAGAGAGCCUGAUUCCCGAUUCAUCUCGCCCAUACCCUUGCGACGAAUGUACGAAAACUUUCACCAGAAAUGAGAAUUUGCGAAGACAUAAGCGUGCUCGCCAUGAUCGUGCCCCGAGUCAUGAAUUUGAAUGUGAUGGCUGUCACGCUGUUUUUACCAGAAGCGACGUGUUCAAGAGGCACCGGGGCCGUUGCCGCGUUGAAGCAUCGAAUGAUCAUAUAUCUCGACCGGAAACGAGUCCGCAGCAGAGCUAUCAGGGAACUGAUGACAUGCCACCGCUUUUAACUGCGACCAAUGUCUUAACUUCGACCGAGGUGCCGGCCGCGAAUGUUAUGCCUGGUGAUCACUUUUGGGAGGGACAUAGCUCCUUUGCUACUAGUCUUUCUCGAGAUAACAUAUUGCCGUCCCCGAUGAGCCACUAUGACCUAGAAGGAUAUGUCAAAGAAUAUUUUGAGCACUUCCAUCCUUCUCUACCCUUGUUACAUCGGCCCACGUUUACAGUAUCAUCGGCACCAAAGCUAUUGCUCAAAGCUGUAGCUGUGAUAGGUAGCCUAUGUUCGACGACCAUAUGCAAUGAUGAAGAAGCUCAAGCUUGUGUACACUGGCGUCGUACCACGUGGCAAAGUGGACAACAGGAACUUCGAAAUAUGGUCUCCAAUCAAUGUGGGGAAAUACGGAAACCCUGGGUGAUGCAAGCCUGGAUACUUUACAUGAUCUAUGGGGCUGUACGUGAGGUCGGACUCUCUCAACAAGAGAUUGCCAUGCCAGAGUCACAGUCCUGGCUGUAUGACAUCAGUUAUCCACACGGAGACGAAUCGCGAACACUCUAUGCUCGAUGGACCUCCUAUAUAGCCGCCGAGUCCACGCGAGUGGCGCUCUAUACGUUGAUUUUCCUGGACUCACACGUAUUCGUACCUUGCAAUUCUCGGCCACUAAUGUCUUCAAUGGAACUUGGAUGGGAGCUCCCUUUCCCCGCCAAACUUUGGGAGGCCAAAGACCCUGAAAUAUGGAUUCAGAGGUUCGGCGAAUAUUUCGGUGUCUCUGCUUUUACAUUCACCAACGACCUGCUUCAACGGCCUCGCGGAUUAGCAGCGGCAUCUUUGACGAUGGCAACGCAGCAAGUCAUGACUGAAGCUCCCGGUACCGAAUUAGCUGCUGCCCUAGAAGCAUCUCCGUUCGCAGUGUUCUGCGUACUUGCAAAUCUCGAUGCCUUGGUGCGGGACUUCACACGGUGUUACUACCAAAUGCCACCCAGCUAUCCUGAUCCCAACCCAUUUCAUAUUCUGACUCAAAGUCAGACCAAGAGUGUCCACAUGGCACUACGUAAUAUUGGGAAGAUCGUGAAAGACGCGGCUACAGCGAGUGACAGCCCUGACUUUUUUCAAUGGAGAACAAACGCACUAUUUAUUGUAUCCCUCCAGGUUAAUUUGUGUCGACCUGACCAGCUGCUGAUCGGGGGCAUCGUUGAUAAUAGCUUGAUUGCCGGCCUGGCUGCCUCGACCCAUCUUAUGAGAGGUAACUUUGUCGCGGUUCGCCGAUCUGCACCUUUGUUGGCCCCUCGUCUUGGCAGCAACGAAGGCGUAUUAGCUUUACUCAGUGAGCUUUCUGCAGCCCUCGCCAGCAUAUUUAGCGACGAUUCGCAAAAUCUUUCUUAUGAGGCGCCCUGGGUCACAGUUACCAGCUACGGGGUCCUUCUGUGUAUCUGGGGAGCGCUCAGGUGUGCAACCACUGAGAUUUAUGACCAUUUGAACACAUUCAACGAACUCCCACGGACAUCCGAACCAUGUAUGCUGAUCUUCAACGCCCUCAUUGAAGCCACCUUGCUGUACUCUCCGGCGACGAGACGUGACCGAGAUGUUCGAGAUCCACGCUUGUGGUCUAGAGACCGUGAAGUCUUUUCUACUUUGUUAGAGCAAGGGCAGUUGUUGUUUGCAGAUCUAGUCAAAAUUUUCUGCCAGCAGCGACUUGUGUGGAGCAUCGGGCCGUCGAUGUUGGCUGUACUGAGAGAAAUCCCCGAUGCCGCUACCUGUGAUUCAGAGUAA